AUGGAGUUACUUAGCGGUGUUAAUGCAGGGUUAAGCGAUGCUGUUGAGGUAGGUGGUGGUAGUACGGUGUUACCAGACGGUGCUAAUUUAGGGUUACACGACAGUGUCGGGAUAGGGUUACCUGCCGGUGAUUCUGCGAUGGCUGGCGUCAUGGGUGCAGAUGUCGCAGCGGGGGCUGACGGUGGUGCAGCAGUAGGGGAUGGUGGUGGUGCAGCAGUAGGGGUUGAGGGUCCUUCAAAGUCGACUGAAAAUGCAACAGCAGGUGCUGGUGGGGCUUUGGAGUCGACUGAAAAGGCAGAAGGUGCUACUGGUGAUGGUGGGGCAGGCGUGGCUGGCGGGAGUGCAAUUGCAGAGGCGCAAGAGGCAAGUGCAGAGGCGCAAGAGGAUGAGAUGGACGUGGUGUGGUUGAGUGAUGAUGAGAUUGACGAGAGUAGUGAUGGCAGUGAGAAGGAUAACGAGGAUGAGGACGUGGUGGAGCUGAGUGGGCGGGAGGUAGAGGAGGCCAUGGUGCAGGCCAGGCUCAGAACCGCGCAGAGGCAGAUGAUGCGCUCCAUGGGGGGCGGCAUGCCGGGCGGUAGCACGUUGGGCGGCAGCACGUUGGUUGGCAGCACGUUGGGCGGCAUGCCGGGUGGCGUACUGGGCGGCACGGUGGGUGGCAGAGUGGGCGGCACGGUUGGAAACAUGGCACAGGGAUUGGGGAAUGGCGUGGGGAUAGACCAAGGGGACGAUGAGGAGGAGGAGGAAGAGGACGGAGAGGGGAGAGAGGGGGGAGGCGGUGGGAGUGGGAGGAGGAGAGGGAGGGAAAGUGCAGGCGGGAAUGCGCGGCAGUGGUUUGGGGUUGGGAUGGGUGGGAGAGGGGUGGAUAGGGAGGAGGAGAGGCGAGAGUUUGUGGAGGCGAGGAGGAGGAGUGCGGCUGACGCUUUGAGGCACUUCAGGAGCAUGCGGGAGGAGGGGCUCGUGCAACGGUUGCCUGAAUGGGAGCGGGAGAUCCGGGAGCGCGUGGGUGACGUGGGGUAUGCUGGCCCUGCUGCUGGCACUGCUGCUGGCACUGCUGCUGGCACUGCUGGUGCUGCUGGUGGUGGUGGGGGAGGCGAGGGGUUGACGAGCGGGAGAGAAGGCAUAGGAGGAGAUGGGAGAGCAGGAACAAAAGGGGGAGGAGGAGGAGCGGGGAGAAGAGGGUUAUCAGUGCUGGUGUAUCACGGGCCUGGGCGCACGCGCAGUGCAGCAGAGGUGGCAUCGUAUGAUGUGGUGCUUACCACGUAUGCCAUCGCUGCCAUGGACAUGGGGACAGGGAGGGGGAGUGAGGGGGGCGAGGGAGGAAAAGGCAAAGGGAAAGAGCCUUCGUGGGAGGAGGUGAUGGGGAUUGGUGGGAGUGGUGGGGGCGGGGUGGGGGGGAAGAGGAAGGCAGGUGGUGGUGAGGGGGGGAGUGGGGGGAGUGUGGGGGGUCCGCUAGCAGGGGUGGCGUGGCUGCGAGUGGUGCUGGAUGAGGCACAGGCCAUCAAGAACCGCAACACUCAGGUAGCGAGGGCGUGCUGGGCUUUAAGGGCCAAGAAGCGGUGGUGCCUGUCAGGCACGCCCAUGCAGAACGCCGUGGACGACGUGUAUUCCUACCUGCGCUUCCUGCGCUUCUCCCCUUACGACGAGUACGCAUCCUUCCGCAACACCAUCAAAGACCCCAUCACUCGAAACCCCACCCAGGGCUUCAAGAGGCUGCAAGCGGUCCUGCUUGCAGUCAUGCUGCGCCGUACAAAAGCCACGCGCAUCAAGGGAGCACCCAUAGUGAACCUCCCCCCGCGCAUAGUGGCGCUGCAGAGAGCAGAGUUCACACCAGAAGAAAGGGCCUUCUACCUCUCCCUCGAGGCCUCCUCCAAGCGCCAGUUCCACGACUACGCGGCAGCGGGCACGGUACAGAACAACUACAUGCACAUCCUCACCAUGCUGCUGCGCCUGCGCCAGGCCUGCAACCACCCCGCCCUCGCCAAGGGCGCCCCCAUCGCGCCAGACAGCCGAACCAGAGGCAAUGGAGCAGGAGGAGCAGGAGCAGGAGGAGCAGGAGGAGCAGCAGCAGCACGGGGGAGAAACGGGGUUGGCGGAGGGGGAAGUGGUGGGGCGGGUGGGCGGCGGAGUGUGUUUGCGGGGUCGGUGGGGCGGCUAGCAGCAGGGAAACGCGCCGAGCUAGUGCGGCAUGUGGCGCAGGUGGGGGGGGAGGCGGUGUGUGAGCUGUGUGGGGAUGCAGCAGAGGUGCCGGUGCUGUCUGUGUGCCUGCACACCUUCUGCGAGCAAUGUGCGCUGCAGCAUCUUGCUCAGUGUGAUGCCCCCGGCUGCCCCUGCUGCGGCAAACCCCUCUCGCCUGCGUCGCUCUGUUUGUUUUCGGAGCUGGAAGGUGGAGGGAGUGGUGGGACGGGUGCGGGAGGGGUGGUGAUUGGUGGUGCUGGGGGUGGGAUGGGAAUGGGAGCAGCGGCAGGCGCGUUAGCAACAACUUCACUGGCAGAAGGGAGGGGAGGGCAGCAGCAGCAGCAGCAGUGGCAGCAGCAGCAGCAGCAGCAGCAGCAGGAAGAGGAGAAGGAGCAGGAUCCGCUGUUCUUCUCCCCCUCUCGCAUGUCCACCAAGGCUCGUGCCGUGCUCAACUACCUCCUCGCGCUCCCUCUCAUGCCCGCUCUUCCCCCUCCUUCUUCCGCUGGCCCUGCUGCUGCUGCUGCUGCUGCUGCUGCUGCUGCUGCCCUCCCUCUCAUGCUCCCUGCCCCCCCUCCAUCGUCUGCUGCUCCUCCUGCUGCUGCUACUCUUCCCACCUACUCAAUUCCCUCUUCUAUCCCAUCCUCCUUUCCCUCUUCCCAUCCCUCCUCCUUCCCUCCAUCGCAUCCCACCAUGCACCCACCCAGUGCACGUGCUGUCUCUGGCCCUGUUCCUGCAAGUACCCCUCUCCCCUCCAAUUGUUUCAUUUCGACUCCCCCACCUCCACCUCCCACCUCCAAUUCAUUCACUCCCAUUCAUCGACCUCCACCUCCCUCCUCCACAACUCCCGCUUCCACUCCUCCCACCUCUCUUCCCUCCUCUACCCCUCCCUCUGUGGAGGAAGAGGUGAGAGGUGGGGCAGUGGGAGGGGGUGCAGGGGACACUGUAACGAGACAUGACGUGGGUUCAGUGGUGGUUGCAGGUGGGAAUUCUGGUGGGGUUGCAGGUGGGAAUUCUGGUGGGGUUGCAGGUGGGGUUGUGGGCCUGGGAGGGGUGAGGGGUGGGGCAGUGGGAGUGGGUGCAGAGGACAGUGUAACGAGACAUGAUGUGGGUGCAGCAGCUGCAGGUGGGAAUUCUGGUUGGGGUGGGGGCCCGGGAGGGGUGAAGCAGGAAGCAUGCGAUGGGGGAGGUGAUGGGGGAUUGUUGCAGCAGGGAGAAGGGAAGAGUGAGCAACCGCAGCCGCAGCAGCAGCAGCAGCAACAGCAGCAACAACAGCAACUGCUGCAGCAGCAACAGCAGCAACAACAGCAGCAGCAGCAAGAGCCAGAGGAAGCGCAGUGGAUGGUGGGGUUGUGGGCAGAGAUUGCUGCGAGUGCUGUGCUGGAGGAGGGAGAUGUGGGGCCGACAGGGGCAGGUGGGGCACCUGGGGAGGGAGCACCUGGGGAAGGGGCACCUGGGGAGGGAGCACCUGGGGAAGGGGCACCUGGGGAAGGGGCACCUGGGGAGGGAGCACCUGGGGAAGGGGCACCUGGGGAAGGGGCAACAGGUGGGUGGGCACCUGACCUACCACCUGCGCGUGUGACAGGAGGUGCAGUGAAAGCAGAAGCGGUUGAGAGUGGUGGAGAUGGGGAUGCAGGGGUGUUUGGUCUAUCAGGUGGGCGGGCACCUGACCUACUAGUAUUACCACCUGGUCCACCACCUGAUGCACCUGACGUCCCGGAUGUAAAACCUGCUGUCCUUGCUUUAGCUUCUGCUGCACCUGGCUCUACACCUGACAUGCCUGAUAUAAAACCUGCAGCAUCUGCUUUAGCAUCUACCUUAGCCUCUGCUGCACCUGGCUCUACACCUGACGUGCCUGCUGUUAAGCCUGCAAUUGCUUCAGCAUCCGCCGCUGCACCUGGUUCUGCACCUGCUGCAGCAUCUGUUGCACCUGACUCUACACCUGCUGCAGCAUCUGUUGCACCUGGCUCUACACCUGCUGCAGCAGGCCAUGCCACAUUCAAGAGGGAAGAGCAAGGGGAGCAAGGGGCGGGGGGUGCAAGAGCUGCCCUGAUGAGGGCUGCGGGGGUUGACGCCGCUGCGGGGGCUGACGCCGCUGGGGGGGUUGACGCCGCUGGGGGGGUAGUGAAGGCGGAGAAGCUGGAGGCACAGGAGGGGGUGGGGGUGGGGGUGGGGGUGGGGGUGGGGGUGGGGGUGGAGGUGGGGGUGGAGGUGGGGGUGGGGUUGAGUGAGGAAAACACAGCCAGGCUGGUUGGGCUGAUGGGAAAGGCAGGCCACGCAGGCCAGGCGGGGCAGAUUGGGCAGGUGGGAGAGGUGGCAGAGGGGGGGUCGUGGCAAGCAGGUGGGAUGGCAAAGGGGUGCGAGGAGGGUUCAGUGGAAGGUGGUGAUGGGAGUGGAGGUGGAGCAAGAGGGGUGUGUGGCAGUCCGCGUCGGUUCCAGAUCUCAGCAGCUGCACUCGCAUCAGCCUUACGGCAUGUGGCACAGCCAUUGCCGCCUUCAGUAUCCCCUGUCCACCCUGCUGCCCCAGCACCCCAUGCACCCUCUGCUGCCCCAGCACCCCAUGCACCCUCUGCUGCCCCUGCACCCCAUGCACCCUCUGCUGCCCCUGCACCCCAUGCACCCUCUGCUGCCCCUGCACCCCAUGCACCCUCUGCUGCCCCUGCAUCUGUUGAAAAAGCAUCAGCAAUUGCAGGGGAGGGGGUGGUGGUUCGAGAUCUAGCACUGGUAAAUACUCUCUCGGAGGAGAGGGGAAAGGCGAUAGUGAGUGCUGGCUCUUCCUCUCAGGUAAUGGUGAGGGAGAAGGUGAUAGUGUUCUCGCAGUGGACGCGCAUGCUGGACCUGCUCGAGCUGCACCUCGCUGCUGCUGCCAUCUCAUAUGUGCGCCUCGACGGCACCAUGUCCGUGGCUGCGAGAGACAGGGCCAUUGCUGCUUUCACUUCUGACCCACAGAUUACAGUCAUCCUUGUCUCAUUGAAAGCAGCCAGUCUGGGUCUGAACCUGAUAGCAGCGAACCAUGUGAUUCUCAUGGACCUCUGGUGGAACCCCGCCGUGGAGGACCAGGCCAUCGACCGCGCGCACCGCAUCGGCCAGACCCGCCCCGUGCGCGUUGCUCGCUUCACCGUGGCUGAUACCAUUGAGGACCGCAUCCUGGAGCUGCAGGAGCGCAAGCGCACGAUGAUCGAGAGUGCAUAUGGCGAGUCAGCCACAGCAAUCAACCGUUCCCGCCUCACUACAGAGGACCUCCGCUUCCUCUUCCAAGUGUGA